CUUAAAAGUUACUGGCUGCUUUUGUUUGGGUCCCAAGUCCCUGUAGUACAGAAGCGGGGGAGGACGGCUGUGACCUGGAGGGCUUCUCCUGCCACCCCCGGACCUCUCCUGCCCUGCUCAGUCCUCCGUCCCGUCUCCCUUUACACGUGUGAGUAAGCACUUUGCUUUGUAUUUUGCAGGAAUGCCGUGAGGCUUUGCGAUGAAAGAAGGGCUGACAGGAUAGGCUGGAUAAAGCCCUAGAAAAUCCUGUGCUCUGCCUGGCGACAUGUACCCUGAAAUUGCCUCUUUCAAACACCGCUCUCCAUUAGAUGGCAGCAGUACGUGCCCAGUGCCACAGGUUAAAGCCCCCCAGCUCUAUAGGAUUUUUCUUGUAGCUGUGACUUUGUGCUGUCAGGGAAGGGGGGGGAUGAGUUGUUCUGUGUUCAGCGUUCGACAUUUCCCCUGUCAGAUAGAACAACUCCGUUCUGCCAGGCGUGUUCCUUGGGGCGGCACUGGGAACCAGUAUCUUUAGCGUGUUGGCCCUUGCAGGGCGCUGUGCUUUGCUGAAGGUGGCUGAAGCGGGAGCCCUGUGGGGACUCGUGGCCGGACUGGCAACCUGGGAGGUGCCGGUAGAUGAGGAAGGGGUUGGCUGUCGUUCAGGCUGGCAGUGCGCUUUGCCGGGGAGCCCUGGAGUGCUUCUCCACGCCUCUUGGGCAGUCAGCCCUUCUGAACACAGGGUAGCGCUCUCAAGUAUGGCACUUGUACGCUUCCUGGCUCUGGAAAUAGCUUUAUUAUCCUUGAGCAUGGUUUGGCUGGCUUGUGGACAGCAACCAUGUAGAUGCUUGUCACAUGAGCAUUUCAGAACAAAAGUGGCACGAGAAGAGGCAGGGGGACACCUGUGUGCACCGGGCCACCUUGUUUGUAAGAGUUAACGUCCAUCUGUUUGGUACCUCUGGGGAGUUAAUAGUGCGUUGGGUAGUGAGUGACUGUCAGAGCAUCCAUAGCAUUAGGAAAGGGAGAGAGAGAACAAUUUCCAAGCAUCCUGGGAGUAUCUAAGGCAGCCAAACCAGCUGCCAACGCUCUAUAGAAAGUGGCACAUGAAAAGACUCUCCCCUCCUCAGGGAGGAUGUGUGACCCAAAAAACGCUUCUCCCUUUCCAGGAAGAAAACUCCCCUCAAAUAGUUAAAACAUGCAGUGACAUGUGUGAGGAGCCCUGCAAGGACAUCUGUCAACAGGCACGGAAGGCUCUCACCGCGGCAACCAACCAUUGUUUCCCUGCUGUGUUGCUUUCCACUUAUGAAGGCUUAAUCCCCUUUUAAACAAAUUGCUGCGGCAGCAGUGGCUCCUCACGCUCUCAGCAAACGGGGUCAGCUCAAGCAGGGUGCAGCAGGCUCUCAGCCAUGAGAUAAGGGGUAUUUAACAUGCCUGGGGUGUGGGUCCCACCAUCCCCGUGGAAUGUUUGUGUUUGAAGUGGGGCUGGAGAAACUGUUGCCCCGCAGGCCCCUCCGUUCCAGCCCCAAGAGCAGCUCCCCCCCCGGCUUCCCAGCCCACGCCACAGCUUUCCCUGCGCUGCUUUGCUCCGUUGCAGUUGGACAUCAGGCUGGCUGGUGUGUCCUACCUCCCUGGUGACAGGUAGCCGAGGAAGAGCUAAGAGAAGGCACGUUGGAGGAAGGCAGCAGGCGGCUUGAACCUGUCUGUGGGCUGAGCAGGGAGAAGAGGACAGACUCUGGCCGUGAGAAGGGAACUUUGCUGCUGAGUUCCAGGCAGCUUUUCUGAUGUCUCCUUGCCCGUGUUUUCCUCUUGUUCCUCCAGCCUGGGAGGCAGUGACCCUGGGUCCAAGCUGGACACAGCCAAGGUGCACCCUGAUGGGCCGUGGGGUUCUCCUCCUCGCCCUGGGACUCUCUUUCCUGCUGUGGGGAGUCCUGCUGCCUUGCGCAGACUGCAGCCCCCAGCACUCUCGGGGCUACACAGCCUACGAGAUAGUUGUUCCAAGGAAACUUGGCCCCAGGGCAGGGAAAGCCAGCCAGAAGGUAGUGUCCUACAUCAUCAGCAUUCAGGGGUUGAAUUACACGAUUCACCUCAGGCAGAAAGACUUCAUAAUAAAAAAAUUCCCUAUACUUACUCGUGACUCCCAAGGAGAAAUCGUGGUCGAACAGCCCCGUGUGCCAACAGAUUGCUAUUACCACGGCUACGUGGAAGGCGUCCCAGACUCCACGGUGUCUCUGACUACCUGCUCUGGGCUCAGAGGACUGCUGCAGAUUGGAAACUCAAGCUACAGCAUCGAGCCCCUGGCGGGUUCCACCAUGGCUGAGCAUCUUCUGUUGCUGAGGGAGGAGGUGGUUCCUGGAACAGUGAUGUACAAAAUGCCCAAGAAAGGCAAACAAUUUCCAGGUCCUGGUACAACGACAGGACAGUUCCAGCCCCGGAGGCACACGCGGUAUUUGGAGCUCCUCGUCGUGGUGGACAAAGAAGGUUUUGACGCCUUUGGCAAAAGUAUAACUAAUGUGACACUGGAAGUUACUGAAAUAAUCAAUCUGGUGGAUGGACUGUUUCAUUCUUUCCACCUUCGUGUUGUGGUAACUGCACUAGAGGUCUGGGCGGAGAAGAACCCUAUCAGUGUUACUGCAAACAUAACCGAGGUCCUUCAUAGUUUCAAUCUUUGGCGGAAGCAGCAAAGCCUUACGCAUGAUGUGGGGUGUCUGUUUGCCUCGAUGGUCUUUGACGACGGUAAGAGAGCAUCGCAUGUGGAUGGCAAAUCCAACUUCGCCAGUGCCUGUGAUAGACAACGCGCCUCUGCUGUUGUAUCGUUUGCAAAAGAGCCUUACAUGGACACGGCUGUCCACGUCGCUCGUGCGUUAGGGUAUGUCCUUGGUAUGGAGCACAAUGACAGAGACUGCAGAUGUGGAAACACAUCGAAAUGCAUCAUGAGCCCAAAUGGCACAGUCAACUAUCAGUUCAGCAACUGCAGCAAAAAGCACUAUUUUGAUUUUAUAGCUUCAGGGCAAGGAUCCUGCCUUAAUAACAUCCCAGAAUCGGUCAUGACACUUGCACUGCAGCGCUGCGGGAAUGGCGUCCUGGAGGCUGGGGAAGAGUGCGACUGCGGCUCAGAAGUACAGUGUAAGUUGGACCUUUGUUGUGACGAUACCUGUCACAAAAAAAAGGGAGCUAUUUGCACUUCUGGUGGCUGCUGUAAGAACUGCAAGCCCCUUCCAGAAGGACACGUGUGUAGGGAGAGUGCUGGUCCGUGUGACUUGCCGGAGUAUUGCAACGGGAUAUCUGAGCAUUGCCCGGUGGAUGUGGCCAAGCAAGACGGGACUGUGUGCGCUGAGGAUGGGUACUGUUAUUCAGGCAAAUGCCAAUCUCGCACAUUACAGUGUAUGAGUAUCUUUGGCAAGGAAGCAAAGCCUGCUCCGCUAACGUGUUUCCAGGAGGUGAACAUGAAAGGGGAUCGGUUUGGCAAUUGCAGGGGAGAUGGGCUAGAUGUCGGCUUUCAGAAAUGUAAGGUAGAAGACGUCCUGUGUGGGAGGGUGCAGUGUGUGAAUGUUAGACGUCUACCUAAGCUGGAAGAUCACACAACCAUCAUUCAAACCCUGGUGGGCGAUACCUGGUGCUGGGGCACAGACUACCAUUUGGGUGUGGAUGUUCUGGAUGUUGGCGCCAUUAAGGAUGGCACGCAGUGCGGGGAGAAGAAGAUCUGCGUUAAUCGCACGUGUGUACCCGAGGAGAAGUACUUGACAUCCCGCUGCUCUGCCAAGAGAACGUGCAGAGGAAAAGGUGUCUGCAACACUAGAGGAAACUGCCACUGUGACAACGGCUGGGCACCCCCCUACUGCGAAUUUACUGGCUUUGGAGGAAGCGUUGACAGUGGGCCUGCCUUGGUCACUACAAAGGGGCUUUUUAGCUUCAUCAUUGAGAUUAUUGUAAUAAUGGUGCUCGCAGGACUUGCCACUGGGCACGUGAGAAAGCUCAGAGUAAGCCAAGGAUUGAACAGACUCGUCAGAUGCUUUCGGGCUAGAGACCAGGCUCCUGAGGAGGAUGCGAAGGACCAGACAGAAGAAGACAGCUCAAAACCAGCUGAGGGUAAAAACCCGCCCGAGUAGGACUUCACAUGGCAGCGGUGGAAAGCUGGACCCAGUCAGUCACUAGAUUCAGACUCCAGCUGCGGUGGACUCAUUUCAAAUUGAUCCAGCUGCAAGUGUAGAGUUAGGGGACCUCGUUUUUAUUUGGUAGGAUAGAAUAGAUUAGCAAAUAUAAAAUAGGAAAAUUAAAUUGUUUUGCUCGUUCUGUAGAAGAAAAAAAAAAAAAAGUCAUUGACAAAAAUGACAGAAGCGCUCUGGUUAAUUUGAAAUCUGCCUGCUGGUUCACGCUGACAGACACAAGGAGGAUCCCGCGGCGGCUGAGGCAGAGCCUUUUGCAAGGCAAGAGCAGCGGCCAACUCUCGGCCCAGAGCACGGGGGGCUGCAGCAGCGAGUCCCCCCCUCUGCUAAUCCCCUAGUCCCCAAAGGACACCUGCUCUUCCCUCGGAGCAAAGAAACUUCUGGGUCACCGAAGGGGUGCGAACUGUCUGCCACCAGUGUGUAGGACUGUCCCCACAGCCUAUGGCCACCUCCACUGACGCCGGGGUCCCAGGCAGAGCCCCACCUUCGAGCCCAACCAGGCACCGGAGCCCAGGAGCAGACACCAAAAACAUCAGGCGGUGUUUAAGUAGGAGACAGGAGGAGGGAAAAAAAGGGUUGGGAGGCUCGAUUACAGGACAAAAAGAUGUGGAAUGGAUCUGAAAGGAAAGAAGGAGGGGGGGGAAAAAUCAUUACUGCUCCUAUCUGUGGCAUCUGUGAAAAGCACAAAGCCGGUGGGAUCGUUUGAACAGGAGCUUUCAAGGAAGGCUUUAAGCAAGUAAAGAAACUACUGGCAGCACCCGACCCCUGCCAGGCUGAGCUGGCAAAAAGGCCAGGCGGCCACAGGGGUGUCAGUGCAAGCCAGGAGCAGCACUGAAUAGAACGGGGACGGUGCAAAAAAAAAUUAAAUAAAAUCACUUCAGCACAUCCCAAAGCAGCAGAUGAACACGGGGGAGCAGCAGCCCUUUGUGCUAGAAGAGGGGAAUGUGCCCCACUGGAAUGGGCUAUUGCUCACCUCCAGGUAGACCUGGUUAAUGAUAAAUUCGGAGCCGUGGCGGCGGCGGCUGCUGCCCGUGCUCACGUGUACGUACAUAUGAAACGUGUUUUUCUGUGUACAACAGGUGCCUGGCACAGGCCGGGCGCGCGGGGCAACCACUGACCGAUGGCUGCCCCGUGGGUGGUGUUUACAGCAGGAGUCUCCAGAGAAAAUAUCAGAGCUAUAGGCAUAUAAUUUAUAAAUAAACAUACGUAUA